AUGAAUAGCUCAAUAGUUCAACUGUUAGCUUCCGAAAAACUUAACGGCGAUAAUUAUGAGGCAUGGAAAUCAAAUCUAAACACGAUACUAGUAGUUGAUGAUUUGAGAUUUAUCUUAACAGAGGAAUGUCCUCAAACCCCUGCCUCUAAUGCUAAUCGAACUAGUCGGAAAGCAUAUGAUCAAUGGGUAAAGGCCAAUGAAAAAGCCCGUGUCUACAUUCUUGCCAACAUGACAGAUGUUUUGGCAAAGAAACAUGAAUCCUUAGCUACGCCUAAAGAUAUUAUGAAUGCAUUAAAGGCAAUGUUUGGACAAUUAGAAUGGUCCCUAAGACAUGAGGCAAUCAAAUGCAUUUACACUAAGCGUAUGAAGGAGAGGACCUUUGUUAGAGAACAUGUCCUGGACAUGAUGAUGCAUUUCAACAUUGCUGAAGUAAAUGGUGGUGUCAUCGAUGAGGCUAAUCAGGUGUCUUAA